UUUUUUACUCUUCUUUUUUUUUUUUUUCUUUUUUUUUUUUUUUUCGUCCGCAAGGCUUAGCCAUUACUCUAAAGCAAACAGCACUAUCUCUCACUCUCUCAAUUUCUGUGUUUUCUCAUCAAUGGCGUCGCUUUCCCAACUUGCUCUUGUUCUUGGUCUUUCGUUAUGGUCCUUGGUUUUGCUAGCCUCACCCGCCUAUUCGCUCACCUGCAAAUCCCAGACGUUCAAAAACAACAAGCUUUACUCCUACUGCUUGGACCUCCCAACCCUUAGCUCUUACCUCCAUUGGACCUAUGAUUCAUCCAAUUCCUCCGUCUCCGUGGCCUUUAUAGCGGCUCCUCCGGAUUCCAGUGGAUGGGUUUCGUGGGCUUUAAACCCAACCGGUACGGGCAUGCUUGGAGCACAGGCUCUGGUAGCCUUCAAGCAUUCGAAUGGUUCGAUGGUCGUCGAGACCUACAAUAUCAAUUCGUACGACAUCAAGCAAUCGAAGCUGUCGUUGGAUGUGUGGGACACCAGCGCCGAGUACACGGACGGCGCGAUUAGGCUCUUCGCGAAGAUGAAGGUGCCGGAGAAAUCGGAGACGGUGAACCACGUCUGGCAGGUGGGGCCCAUCACCGAUAACAGCCCUGCAAAGCAUGAAAUGCAGACUGCUAAUCUCAACGCCAAAGCUUCCCUCAAGUUGACGGGACAGACUGACACUUCUACCCCUUCGGGUACCGACUCCAGGACCAAGAGAAAGAACAUUCACGGUAUACUGAACGCAGUGAGUUGGGGGCUUAUGUUUCCGAUCGGAGCAAUCAUAGCGAGGUACAUGAGGACUUUCCAGUCUGCAGAUCCAGCGUGGUUUUAUCUUCAUGUUUUCUGCCAGGUAUCUGCUUAUGCUAUUGGGGUUGCUGGCUGGGGAACUGGAAUUAAGCUUGGAAGUGAGUCAAAGGGUGUUCAGUACACUGGUCACCGCAAUAUCGGAAUAGCCCUCUUUAGUCUUGCAACUUUGCAAAUUUUUGCAUUGUUCUUAAGACCAAAGAAGGAACACAAGUAUCGAUUCUACUGGAAUAUCUACCACCACGGUCUUGGCUACACCAUACUUGUACUCGGAAUCCUCAAUGUGUUCAAAGGCCUUGACAUCCUGGUCCCUGAAAAGAAGUGGAAAUCUGCUUACAUUAUUGCUAUUGCUGCGUUGGGUGUAAUUGCCGUGUUAUUGGAGGCAAUUACUUGGAUCGUAGUGGUGAGAAGGAAGUCAAGCAAGUCUACCAAGCCUUAUGAUGGGUUCAACAAUGGUCAAGGCAGGCAACAGCCACUUGCCAUAUGAUCCAAGCAUUGGUCCAGCUUGUCCUUGCCACAUUGAUUCUGUAAUAUCCUCGUCUUAUCUAUGUCACUUUUUUUUUUUUUUCUUUAUUUGCUUCUUUCAUCUAUCCCUUGUAUAAUGGCUUGAUUUCAUUGAGAUUUUUGUUUAGUAUAUAUCGCAUAUACACACACACAUAUGGUUCAGAUCUUUCGGUUUAUUUUCUCUCUGCGUGGUUAGGUUCUUGAGAAUUCUCCGGUGUGUUUUUGUGUAUUUAGCGUAUUAGAUUUCUUAUUGAUGAUUUCCUUGUUUAAUUUUUUUCGGUACUAUGUAGUUUUACUGGUUUCCACUC